UGGAAUUGGCCCUCCCCCAAACCUCUACCCCACCCUUACUUCCACAGCCUCCCAGCUCCUCACAGGGAGAUCUAUCCGAGGAGAGGAUGAGACACUGCGUGUGAACGAGAGGCACAGAGAGUGUUGGACUGGCGGCUGGUGGCCGAAUAGGAACCACAAACUCUUGGUGGAGUUGCUGUCUCCUGGCUUGAGGGAGCCGAACACCCCGGGGGUCCUGAACAGAAGGGAGGCUAACCCACAGAGCACGGACCCAGGUGACCAGGAGUGGGAGGCCUCAAGCUAGUCUGUCAAGAUGGGUGAAAUAGAGCAGAUGAAGCAGGAGGCGGAGCAGCUGAAGAAGCAGAUUGAGGAUGCUCGGAAGGCUGUUGCUGACACUACACUUGAUCAGCUUUGCUCUGGGGUAGAACUGAUUGGGCGCAUACAGAUGCGUACACGACGGACCCUGCGUGGGCACCUGGCCAAGAUCUACGCAUGUCACUGGUCCACAGAUUCCAAGCUUUUGGUCAGCGCCUCACAAGAUGGGAAACUAAUUGUGUGGGACACAUACUCGACCAACAAGGUCCAUGCCAUCCCUCUCCGCUCCUCCUGGGUCAUGACCUGUGCCUACGCCCCAUCUGGGAACUUUGUGGCCUGUGGAGGUCUUGACAACAUGUGCUCCAUCUACAACCUCAAAAGUCGUGAAGGGACCGUGAAAGUCAGCCGGGAGCUCUCAGCCCACUCAGGUUAUCUCUCUUGCUGCCGAUUCCUGGAUGACAAUUCCAUUGUAACCAGCUCUGGGGACACCACAUGCAUCAUCUGGGACAUUGAAACAGGAAUGCAGAAGACCACCUUUGUCGGUCACACUGGAGACUGCAUGAGUCUGGCCGUCUCUCCGGACUUCAAUCUGUUUGUCUCAGGAGCCUGCGAUGCCUCUGCCAAACUGUGGGAUAUCCGGGAAUCCGCUUGCCGCCAGACAUUCACAGGCCACGAGUCAGAUAUCAACGCCAUCACUUUCUUCCCCAAUGGCAAUGCCAUCUGUACCGGGUCGGAUGAUGCCACCUGCCGUAUCUUUGACCUCCGAUCAGACCAGCAGCUCAUUGUUUACUCACACGAGAGCAUCAUCUGCGGAAUUACUUCCGUCUCGUUCUCCCGCAGCGGGCGCCUCCUGAUGGCUGGCUAUGACGACUUCAACUGCAACAUCUGGGACAGUCUCAAAGCAGAGCGUGUGGGAAUCCUGUCUGGACAUGACAACCGAGUGAGCUGUCUAGGGGUAACUGCAGAUGGCAUGGCUGUAGCUACUGGCUCCUGGGACAGCUUCCUAAAAGUCUGGAACUGAAGAAGGCAUGGAGCAGCAGGAAGCUGCAGGAAGCCCUCAGCGGGUUCCUCCUUUACCAAGUACCACUGGCGUUUCGGCUUGUUCUGUGCAGACUUACUGCUCCACAAGACACUUCACUACUUAAAAGGAGAAGC